AUGUCCUCGCAACCAUCGCAGUCUGCCCAAGACGGCAGCUCCUCGUCUCAGGACCCCGCGUUGUUGCUCAAAUCUACGAACUUUUCCCGCCCGGAAGGUUCUGCUGCUCCCCAAGAUGCUGUAACUGCCUCAGACCUUCUCAUGGCCGCUUACGACCCCGCGCGGCUGCAUCCUUUGGCCCAACUCGGGGACAAACUUGACUACCUGCUUCUUGAUGACGAUAAGACAACAGAUCUUCCUGGCGCCGGUACUGCAAUUCCUUCCCGAGGUUGGAGUGAUGACCUUUGCUACGGAACGGGUACAAUGUAUCUUAGUGGUUUGGCCCUUGGCGGCGUAUGGGGAAUAAGGGAAGGUGCUCGAAGGCCUCUGGCCGUCACAAAUACGCGGUUACGAAUCAACAGUGUGCUCAAUUCCGUUACCAGGAGAGGCACAUUCAUUGGAAACUCGGCAGGUGUUCUCGCUCUUGUGUACAAUGCGGUCAACUCUUCUAUUGACGCGGCACGGGGAAAACAUGAUAUAAUUGGUAGUAUGGGAGCGGGCGGCAUCACAGGCGCUUUGUACAAGUCAACGGCUGGAGUUCGACCUGCGAUGGCAGCAGCUGCCUUCAUGUCAGGCGUGGCAGGAAUAUGGAGUUACGUCAAAAAGAGCGUUUGA